GUCUUCGCGCUUCGCCAGACCUCUGUCCAGCUGCAGUCCUUGAAUCGUCCUUCUUCGGGGCUUCGCCUCUUGUUCUCUUUGGGGUGAACUCCUUCGGGGAAACUGCCGACGUCUCGCGCUCUUGGGUCGCCCGCCUGAGACAUCUUCCAGGCCUUCGAGCCUAUCCGAAGGUGGCGUCCCCAACGUGCAGUUGCCAGGUAGAUCUCUUGCAGACCGACUAUACUAGGUAGAUAAUCACAAGUUCAAAAUGUCCUGGUUCCAUGCACAGUAAGUCAACAACAGCACACGAUUUAAUAAACUCUACCACAGAGCAGCACAUGACAUGAGCAGUUCCAACACCAAGCAAGGUCAAAUUGGCAAGAGCACCAGGUGACACAGCAGCAACGUUAGCCUCCCAUUGGGAAGAUCGGUUAUAGCAUUCGCUGGACAUUGACUUGCCAACCCAGCAAUCCUUGAGGGGAAAAAACCGCUUCGGGUUCACAAUCUUCUUUCAGGAUGUACAUAUUUCACUUGAACUGCAUAUAGGAUCAAGGACUGUAUCGUUGUGCCUCAAUUAAGGAACUAUAGACAGAAUUCAUAAUUUUCUUUCUGGUUGGUUCAGUUUGGAACCUUCAGUGUACCGAGCUGAUGGAUCACAACACUGGAUACGAUGUCUGACAACGGAAAUAGAGCAUGUCCUAAUUGCAAUAAAAUGCAUAACCUGUGUAUUAGAGUGACUCAUUUUCUUGGUUGGCAGAUCACAAAAAGGAACACAAACGCAAACCCCAACUUGUCCGGGAGUUAGGUCAGGGACACCAUAUGAAUGAAACCAUCUUAAUUUCAGUCACACCAAGAUUGUCCCAAGUUUGGUAACUGCAGUGUCCAAUAUAUCACCUAACAAAGCCAGCCGACGCUGCAUACAUAGCAUCUCUUGCAGACUGAACCCUUCAUCAGGAGCGCCAUGGUGGAAGCUCAUGCCACGCCGGCGACGCCGUUCUUACCACUGACAGGGCUCCACAAGUACAUUGCCAUCUUCCUCGUCGUCCUCUCAUGGAUCCUAGUCCACAAGUGGAGCCUGAGGAAGCAGAAAGGCCCAAGAUCAUGGCCGGUCAUCGGUGCAACGGUGGAGCAGCUGAGGAACUACCACAGGAUGCACGACUGGCUUGUCGGGUACCUGGCGAAGCACAGGACGGUGACCGUCGACAUGCCCUUCACUUCUUACACCUACAUCGCGGACCCGGUGAAUGUUGAGCAUGUCCUCAAGACCAACUUCACCAAUUACCCCAAGGGGGACGUGUACAGAUCCUACAUGGAUGUGCUGCUCGGCGACGGCAUAUUCAACGCCGACGGCGAGUUGUGGAGGAAGCAGAGGAAGACGGCAAGCUUCGAGUUUGCCUCCAAGAACCUGAGAGAUUUCAGCGCCAUUGUGUUCAGAGAAUACUCACUGAAGCUGUCAGGCAUACUGAGCCAAGCAUCCAAGGCAGGCAAAGUUGUGGACAUGCAGGAACUGUACAUGAGGAUGACGCUGGACUCGAUCUGCAAGGUUGGGUUCGGGGUUGAGAUCGGCACGCUGUCGCCGGAUCUCCCCGAGAACAGCUUCGCCCAGGCGUUUGACGCCGCCAACAUCAUCGUCACGCUGCGGUUCAUCGACCCGCUGUGGCGCGUGAAGAGGUUCUUGCACGUCGGGUCAGAGGCCCUCCUCGAGCAGAGCAUCAAGCUCGUGGACGAGUUCACCUACAGCGUCAUCCGCCGGAGGAAGGCCGAGAUCGUCGAGGCCCGGGCCAGCGGCAAACAGGAAAAGAUCAAGCACGACAUCCUAUCGCGGUUCAUCGAGCUCGGCGAGACCGGCGAGGACAGCGGCGGCCUCGGGGACGACAAGAGCCUCCGGGACGUGGUGCUCAACUUCGUGAUUGCCGGGCGGGACACGACGGCGACGACGCUGUCGUGGUUCACCUACAUGGCCAUGUCGCACCCGGACGUGGCCGAGAAGCUGCGCCGCGAGCUGUGCGCGUUCGAGGCGGAGCGCGCGCGCGAGGAGGGCGUGGCACUGGUGCCCUGCGGCCCCGACGCCGACGACAAGUCGUUCGCCGCCCGCGUGGCGCAGUUCGCGAGCCUCCUCAACUACGACAGCCUCGGCAAGCUGGUGUACCUCCACGCCUGCGUCACCGAAACGCUCCGCCUCUACCCAGCCGUCCCUCAGGACCCGAAGGGGAUCCUGGAGGACGACGUGCUGCCGGACGGGACGAAGGUGAGGGCCGGCGGCAUGGUGACGUACGUGCCCUACUCGAUGGGGCGGAUGGAGUACAACUGGGGCGCCGACGCGGCAACGUUCCGGCCGGAGCGGUGGAUCAACGAGGACGGCGCGUUCCGGAACGCGUCGCCGUUCAAGUUCACGGCGUUCCAGGCGGGGCCGAGGAUCUGCCUGGGCAAGGACUCGGCGUACCUGCAGAUGAAGAUGGCGCUGGCCAUCCUGUGCCGCUUCUACAGGUUCCAGCUGCUGGAGGGGCACCCCGUCGAGUACCGCAUGAUGACCAUUCUUUCCAUGGCGCACGGCCUCAAGCUCCGAGUCUCCAAGGCCGUCUGAUUAUUUAGUUGAUGAGUAUCCUAGAUGAUGAU